AUGACAAAUCAUUCAGUACUCAUUGGACUGUUGCUCUUGAGCACUCUCUGCUGCCUUGUGGCCGCUGAUCUUCGCGCUGAUUUGCGUGAUUUUAUGGCCCUAGUGCCGCGUCGCCGCAUCAAUCAUAUCGCAGCACGUUACUAUAUCUUCGAUCCGAGAUUUCGCCAGGCUGUUGACUUUGUGCGCAGCGAUGAUUUCGCCAAGACGUGGCAGCAAAUGCGCAAAGCACCCGAUUUUGCCGAUCUGAUUGACUAUGUCACGGAAUAUGGAUCCGGUUAUGAUGUGAGCAGUGUUAUUGAUAAGCUGCCCAAUCGAUUGCAUGCCUAUCAGUUGUCACGUGUGGUCCCAGUGGAUCUGAUGUUGCGCCGCGAUCUGACCACAUUUCUGCACGAGGCACUGCAGACGCUGCCACGCGCCCAAGUCUACAGUUUGAUGGCACGCAAGGUGCGUGAGGGGCGCGACUUUGCCAAAUUAUACAAGGCUCUGAAAGACAAGGAGUUUAAGGAACUGGUGCAUACAGCCCGACAUUCGCAGGAAAUGCAGCAGCCGCUGAGCAAGCUGAGCCAGAAGAACAUCGACGUGGAUGAAUUCAUACAAAUCGUGUUUGAGUUGAUAAGUUGGGGUCCGUGA